CCCCCAGCAUCCUCAUUCACCGAUGGGUCUAGAACGAAGCUGAGCUGUCAAAGAAAGAGAGGCAGACCGCUGGGAGACUUUCCCUUGUCGGGAGCGCGGCCAUGGGCGUGAGGGGCCUGCAGGGAUUUGUAGAAAAUGCCUGUCCUGGUGCUCGGGUGGAGGUCAGUUUGAGAGACGUGGCAGAAGAAUACCGCAGCAGCCACCCUGGGAGGACCCCCGUGCUGGUCGUCGAUGCGCCGGGUUGUCUCCGACACUGGUACAGUCCCGAGUCCUGGGUGUGUGGAGGCCAGUGGCGGGAAUACCUCUCGGUCCUACGAGAUUUCAUCGAAGCUUUUACCGCUGCGGGCAUCAAGCUGGUGUUCUUCUUCGAUGGUGUGGUGGAGCAGACCAAGAGAAACGAGUGGGUGAAACGGCGACUGAAAAAUGACAAAGAAAUAGCCAGAAUCUUUCAGGCCAUCAAGAGAGACGGGCAGCAGCCCGGCAGAGCCAUGUUCUUCCUCCCCUCGGGGCUGGCCACGUUCACCCGUUUCGCCCUGAAGUCCCUGGGGCAGGACACGCUGUGUUCCGUCCGCGAGGCCGACUACGAGGUGGCCGCCUUCGGCCUCCAGAACGACUGCCUGGGGAUCCUGGGCGAGGACACGGACUACCUCAUCUACUCCACCUGCCCCUACUUUUCCGUGAGGAAUCUCCGCCUGGACCGGCUCACCACCGUCAUGUUCUCUAGAGACCAGCUCUGCCGCCGGCUGGGCCUCCGCAGAACGGACCUCCCGCUCCUGGCUUGCCUGCUGGGCAACGAUACGGUGCCGGAAGACUCCUGUGCCGCUCUUCGGGAGAGAUGCCUGGCCUCCCGCUCGUGCCCGGCCCAGCCCGCAGCGGACGGGAGGAGUGCCACCGUCCUCGCGGUGGCCGCCUUCAUAUCCGGGGUUCUCCGUGGGCAGCAGGGGGCCAGAGACUUGGGGGCCAUGAUACCUUCCGGGCCAGACCCAUCGCUGCUGUGCAGAGGGGUGACGUCCUACCUCUUACCUGGACAGGACUCUCCCUGGCUCCUCCAGGGGCCGGAUUGGGCCACGGCAGAGGCGGAGGGUCGAGCGGCUCUGUGUCCCGACCCGGAGAUCCUUCAGGUGGCUAAGGAGCGGCACAUCAGAGCGGAAAACUACCUGGCGUACAACGUCCUGAGUUGCGGGGAGGUCGAGUGCAGUAACACCCUGGAAGAUGCCCUGGAUGCGGAACUCCCCGGCCAAGCCCUAGUCUACCGCCCGGCCCGGCAGCGCCUGUACUGGGUUUUGCUCGGUGCCGGGAGAGACCCCUGUGAGGCCCGCCCUGCGGUCAAGGAGUGGUUCGUGCACGCCGGGAAUCCACUGAGGCACCCAGAACUCGUCCAGCCCGUUCAGCCUGACCUCCCAGGGGGGACGCCCAGUCUGAAGACUCUGUGGCUGGUCCAGGAGCCGGGGGCCAGGGCCCAGCGCUACAGCACGUUCCUGGCCUGCUUCGGCCUCCCUACGAUGGCGCCGGAGGCAGAGGAACUGCAAGCCCUGGAAGGCUCCCUCGCAGCCACCUGCUGCCUUCUCAGCUAUCUCCUCCUUCAGGUGGGCUCCCUGUCCCUGGAGGACUUGAAUGCUUUUAUUGCUCAAACUCUGUGCCUGCGAGGAAAAUCGGCUGCCCAGCUCGCUGGCUUGCAGCCUGCCUACGUGGACUCAAGAGCGGUUCACCUUGGUUCUCUCUUCAUUCGUGGUCUCACCACGUUGGUUUUGGCCAACAGUACUUGUGGGUGUCCCUUCUGCAUGGACGAUCUGAUGCCCUGGCAAGUGUUCGAUGGGAAACUUUUCCAACAGAAGUACCAGCAGUCACACAGCGGACGGUCCCCAGACGAACUUUUAGAAGGCAAUAAACGCUGGCAGACAGAGUUCCAAAACCUGACGUCCCUCAUUUGCAGGACCUGCAACCUGAAGAACAGAACUGUUCUGAGCAGACAGAGAGGGGUUGUAUUCAACAAAGGAGGUCAAGAGAGGAUGUGGGAAUCCCAAGCUCAGCUGUCCCGGCAGCAUCACUCCGCUCCUCCACGUCACCGUCCAGACCGAAGUCUCCCGUGGCGAGGCCCUCUACCUUCUCCUGCUGGAUCUCCGGCCCUUCAUUCAGGUAGAGGAUUCUGGUCUGAAGAGCGAGGACAAAGGAGAAAGAGGUUUCCAUUUGCUCCGCGCGACAUUCCUGCUCACCACCGCAGUCUCACCAGUGGAGGAGUCAUCCUCGACCCCAGGGACAGAAACAGCAGCGGGACUGGUGGCGGUGAUGAUAAUUGAGCACUUGCUGGUCGUGGCACCCCUCAGUCGGCAGCCCCUGGGCCGCACGCAGGCAGGGCGGAAAUUGGCGUACCUGCAGAGCUUAGGAUCUCCCCCGCACAGCCCUCACUCGCUCACCUUCCGAGGACACAGGGAAGGUCCUCUCUGCCCCGCGGGGCAUCGUGCCCUCUCCACCCCCCACCGACUGGCAUCAGUCGUGAAUACUCACCCUCCAUCCGUUCGUGGGAUCCUGAAACAGUCCAGCUGAUGAGGGUUGUUCUCGGCUCCCGGGAGCUUUGCCGGGACCCGGAGUCCUCCUGAUCCUCUGAGACAAUUCGGCAUUCAGUGAGGAGGGCCAGGCAACGGCAUUGCCUCACUGAGGGCCUACUGCGUGUAGAGCACUCUACCGCCGGAUGCCUGCUGCAUGCACAGCACUGCAUUAAGUGCGUGCUUGUGAACAGACCAUUUAUUGGACGCCUUCUAGGCUGAAUUUUGGCUGUCCGUAGAGCACCGUGCGGGGUGCCUUUAGUGUGCAGAGCACUGUCCUGGGCCCUAUAGCGUGCACAGAGCACAGCUGGAUACUUGCUGGGUGCAGAGCACUGCACUGGGCACCCACUGUAUGUGCGAUCCUGAGUGUCUUGCUGUGUGCACGGACCUGUUCUGGGCGCUUACCUGGAGGCAGGUGAUGGUGAUGAUGAUGGCGCUGGAUGCUGGUGGUGUUUUCUGGUGCCUUAUACUCCGGGUUAAGUGGCUUCGUUUUUGAACUCUCUGAGGCAUUUCCCAGCAUUGAGAAGAAGAGCAAGUUAGCAGCCCCCAGUUUCCCAGCAAUUCCAAGAACAUGGCCACCCUCCCAAAGGCCCCAACAAAAAGGGAUUGUUGCGGGACGGGCGUCAGGUCUGGCCAUGUGGCGUGGGAACAAUACCGCUCUGCACACCAGCUGACCGCACCCUGCCCGCUG